AUGCGAGACAAAAAAUCGUAUCGUGGCGCUCGAACUAGCGCCGGCCUUAAAGAUGAAUAUAACGAUGUCUUCAAAGCCCGAGCCAUGGAGAAAAAAGGAGCUACUGUUCCUCAGCCUAACAAACACACCACCGAGUCCAAGGAUUCGAAGAAUGGUUCCAUAACCACUGCUACUACGCCUACGAUCAAUCCCGCUAAGAGGAAGAGAACAAGUUUCGAACAGAAGCUGGUGAAGAACACCAAGAACCCGAAGAAUGACGUAUACGAUAUGGACAGCUCCGAUGACGAGGUCCUUGAGAGGGGUUUGAAGAAGGUCAAACCCUCCACCGCUACUGCUAAUACCUAUCAGCAACAACGCCCGAAGAAGCAGCUGAAGGACAAGGUUUUCGAGAUUGAGACGUCCGAGGAAGAUGUCAUCGAGCCUCUGAAGACUAAGGCCACAGUUACUUCCCCAGCUAUAAGCAAGUUUCAGCAACGAACUGAACAAAACCUCAAGAACAAAUCGACAACAGCAAUGUCGUACCAGCAACCACCAGCAAAGGGGGCCAGACGCGAUUCUGAGAAAGAAGAACACAUCCGAAAGAGCUUGAAGACCGUCUCGGAGACGAAGCCUGUUUCUUCAAAACCCGUUGCUAAGCCUAUUUCCUCAAAACCCGUUGCUGAGGCCGUUUCUUUAAAACCCGUUGCUGAAGCCCGUAAUGGCAAGAGUUCCGACCCAGCUCAACAAAAGAAGCCUGUUGUUGUUAAAGCCGUUACUGAAGUUCAACAACCAAAAACUGCUGCUUCCAAAUCCAUCACCGAAGCUCGAAAUACCAAAGCUACUAAUGGAAAAACUGCCAUGAAUGCAGUUACGCUCGAGUCAGACAGCGACAGCGAGCCAGUUAUAGACAGAACGAUCAGGCGAAAAGCCCCUGUCACAGCCGUUGCCACGAAACCCGCGAAACCAAUGGAGAAGGUUACCUCCAAGUCCGACAAGGUCCCGUCAAAAGUCGCGACCUCUGUCCCAGCAAGAACUGAAAAGCGGAAAGCUAGAGCUUCCUCGGAUUCUGAAUCAGAUUACGUUGCUAAGCCGAAGAACCAAAAGAAACAAAAGCCGACACCGAAAGAAACGACUGUCAAGCGAAAGAAAGCCGAGGAAUCAGAUGAUGAAGGUGCUAAGAGACUGUUUAAGAAGCGACAAGACCGUGGAGCCAAGGGUACAGAACUACCCAACCCAGCUUUGUCAAAGAAUCUAGGAAAGAAGAAGAGCGAGGCUACUGCUAGGAAGGCAGAAAAGGCUACUAAAGCAUCCGUCGAAGCUGACGAACCAGAACAAACGGAUUUCGUCUACGACCACGCAGUCGACCUUUCAUACGCUGUCAUGAGCUCCCCGGAGAAUAGCAAGGUUCCUUCGUUGAACAAGGAGCCAUCCGCUGUUGAGAUGCCAUCUGGUUUGGCUGAACUAAUCGAAUCUCGUGUUGCUGAAAUAGGAGAACAGCAAGCACCUGUGAAAAAGGCUAAGAAGCAGCCGGUUACGCGACAGCCGAGGAGGAAGAGCAUCGAAGAUGAAUUGAUUAACUUGGGAACCGACGAGGUCGUUCCAGGCAGUAUCGCAGAAAAGGAGGCAGACCUACAGGCACAAAUCAACAGCGCUAUGUUCGCUGCUGAUUACGGAGUCCGUACGACGCGUUCGAAGUUUCGUAACGAGGGAGCUGCUAAGAAAUCAUAUGGCGUCUCACAGAGAACCAUGAGACAACCAGUCACCGAAGAGGAGCAAAGAGAGGAUGAUAAGUUGGAGCUUAACCGUUCGAGAGAAGAGGCAGCUAAGCAAGCAGCCAAGAAAGCACACUACGAAGAAGUUUUGAGACGCGAGAAGGAAGAGGCCAUGGCUGCUGCCGCCAUCGCCGAAGCAGAGAUAAAGAAAGGAGCCAAGAAGGGGAAGAAGGCCGCAGACAAGAAGAAGGAGGCCGUUAAGGCUAAUACCAAGAAGGGAUCCGCCUAUGACAUGCCGGAGGAUGAAGAUGAUGGGCCAAAGGUUUUGAGCCGCCACGAACUCUUACAGAAGGGCCGCCACCAGCGUGUCCUUAACGAAAUCAAUGCUUUGAUGGAGGACGCCCAGAAGGAGAAUCCCACGCGCCGAAGCAGUAUCCUCGACAUCGCGUAUAGGAUGUCGAACAACACAGAAAGCGGAAAGGAGUUUACGACCAAGUUCCGACUGAACGGCUACCCUGCCAAGCUGUUCAAGAACCUCGAGGCUGAGGGAGACGCGCUCACCCGUAUAGGAUACGGGUGGACUCUCUUCAUCCUGUUGAACGAGGACAGAUACAGCGGCCACGCGGUCGAACUUAUGCACGAGAACGGGGGGUUUGAAAUGCUGAAGGUGAUGCUCGAGAACGACGAGGAUAUGGAAGAGCUUGCGAGGAGUAGUGUCCUCAAGCUCUCUAUCCAGAUCAACCUUGUUACGGGCAAGCUUCGAAAUCGUCUCUUGGAUUGCAGAUUCAUCCGGGACGAUGUCCCAGGAUCGUUCUCGCAACGUUACGUUGCGAUGAUGAUCAUCAACACGCUGCUGAAGAAUGUCAGCAAGGAUGAAGGAAGGAAGCUGAUCUUCAGCUCCUUCGAUCCUCGAACCUUCGUCGAGAUCUUGGGCCCGUUGAACGGGCAUACCUCAAUGCCGGGCGAGAAAGCCCUGACGAGCUACGUUCUCGCCGCCUCGAUCCUGAGCCAUUAUGCUCAGGGGGCCCGCAUUAAUCGGGCUUUGGAUGCCGGGUUGGACCCCGGUCAUCAAGCCGUUCUGGCAGAUGUUCUGCCAACGGUUCUCGGGUGGAACACCCAACCCCAGAUGCGGGGGGCAGCCCGCAUCAAAGACCUCCAGACCGCAGUGUUCAAGCUGUGCAUUGAUCGCACCAACGACGCUCCGGCCACCUCCACCUCGGUCGCCGACCACAAAAACGGCCUCACUGGAAUCGUGGAUACAUGCAUCCACCAAUUCAGAGAACUUGGUGGCAGUCAGGACGAGGAGGUUGACACCUCCAAGGAUGUGGACAUCCUUGUCCUCACCACGAUACUGCUCUCCAACUUGUUGGAGUUCAGUGAGACCGCCAGGAUGCUCCUCCGCAUCCAAAGGUCGGAAAACGUCCCAUUAAUCAUGGGAUUAAUGGGCGUUUUCCGACAACGCCACGACCGCCUCGAACUGGCCGAAAGUGUCGAGGAGACACACCUGAACGUUGCGUUCGGGUAUUUGACUGUCGCGCUGGCCUAUGCCUGCCGCGAGUACGACCUUCGGGUCGAGGUUCGCUCCCAGCUCGGGGGCAACCUUGGCCAGUUGGUCGCCGCGGUCCGGCAGUUCAAGGACCAGAACCAGGCCCUGGAGGACCGAGAGGCGGCAGCCUCCCAAGACAUGAUGCAAGACAUCAUGCUUGGGGAGGCCGCGCCUGCUCGGUUCUCCUACACGGCCCGGUUGGAGGACGUUCUGGGGGAGUUGGAGAGCUACGGCUCUUAA